GGACAGUGAGCAGGGAGCAUUUCAGCACCCAGGAGCUGUCCGUUGUGCACGAGCCGGCUGACAACCGACGGUCAUAAUGGCCAAGGUGAAGCAGGUGGGCUUGCUGGCAGCAGGCUGUCAGCCCUGGAAUAAAGAUGUGUGUGCUGCCAGUGGAGACCGCUUCGCCUAUUGUGCUACUUUGGCUAUAUACAUCUACCAGCUGGACCAGCAGUACAAUGAAUUCAAGUUGAGGUCCAUCAUGUCCGAGCACAAGAAGACCAUAACAGCCAUCAGCUGGUGUCCUGACAACCCUGACCUGUUUGCGUCAGCCUCUGCUGAUAACCUGCUCAUAGUGUGGAAUGUAGCAGAACAAAAGGCCGUAGCACGACUGGACAACACUAAAGGUGUCCCUGCGUCAGUAAGUUGGUGCUGGAACUUUGCCGAUGGAGUGGCGUUUGUUUCCCAACGUGGUCCGUUGUAUAUCUGGGUGUAUGGAGGUCUUGACCCUGGGGUCACAGUGCAUAAAGAAGCCCACUCCUUCCUGUCUGAUAUCUGUCUCUUCAGAUGGCACCCCACCAAGAAGGGCAAACUGGUGUUUGGACACACAGACGGAAGUUUGUCUGUCUUUCAACCAGGGAGUAAAGGUCAAAAGCAUGUGUUGCGUCCAGAGUCACUAGAAGGGACGGAUGAAGAGGACCCAGUCAGUGCCCUGGAAUGGGACCUUUUGUCAACUGACUAUUUACUAGUGUCUAACCUCCAUAAUGGCAUCAGGCUGGUGGACAGCGAGGCCUUGGCGUGCAUCACAUCCUUCUGCUUCCCCUCAGCUGCUGCAUCAGUUCAGUGUUUGGCCUGGGUCCCCUCUGCACCUGGCAUGUUUAUCACCGGAGACUCGCAGGUCGGAGUGUUGAGGGUGUGGAAUGUGUCUCGCUCAACUCCUUUGGACAGCUUCAAACUGAAAAAGACUGGAUUUCAUGCUUUGCAUGUCCUCAACUCCCCUCUCGCCAAGAAAGCUCAGAGUUCUUGUUCUCCCAGUAAGAGUCAGCACACCAGUUCCACCAGUGAGGCUGUUCCUCCCCCAACCCUGUCACAGAACCGGUCCUUCUCUCUGCCCCCUGGCCAUGCUGUGUGCUGUUUCAUGGAUGGAGGGGUGGGACUCUAUGACAUGGGGGCCAAGAAGUGGGACUUCCUACGAGACUUGGGUCAUGUAGAGACUAUCUUCGACUGUAAGUUUAAGCCAGAUGAUCCCAACCUGCUGGCCACAGCUAGUUUUGAUGGAACCAUCAAAAUCUGGGACACAAAUACACUGACAGCUGUUUACACCUCCCCUGGCAAUGAAGGAGUGGUCUACUCCCUGUCCUGGGCUCCAGGAGACCUGAACUGCAUUGCAGGCGCAACGUCUCGUAAUGGAGCGUUCAUCUGGGACGUCAGGAAAGGGAAGAUCAUCACUCGCUUUAAUGAGCAUGGUAAGAACGGCAUAUUCUGUAUAUCAUGGAGCCAUAAGGACUCCAAGAGGAUUGCUACCUGCAGUGGAGAUGGAUUCUGUAUCAUCCGGACCAUCGAUGGGAAAAUCCUCCAUAAGUACAAGCAUCCUGCUGCUGUGUUUGGUUGUGACUGGAGCCAGAACAACAAGGACAUGAUAGCAACAGGCUGUGAGGAUAAAAAUGUCCGUGUGUACUACCUGGCCACCAGCUCUGAUCAGCCUCUGAAGGUCUUCACAGGGCACUUAGCUAAAGUAUUCCAUGUUCGCUGGUCUCCACUGAGAGAGGGAAUACUGUGUUCUGGAUCAGAUGAUGGUACUGUUCGGAUAUGGGACUACACACAGGACGCGUGUAUCAAUGUGCUGAGUGGUCAUACAGCUCCUGUCAGAGGCUUGAUGUGGAACACAGAGGUUCCUUACCUCCUCAUUUCAGGUUCUUGGGACUAUACAAUCAGAGUGUGGGACACAAGAGAUGGCACAUGUCUGGAUACAGUCUAUGACCACGGAGCUGAUGUCUACGGUUUAACAUGUCACCAGAAUCGUCCGUUCACCAUGGCGAGCUGUAGCAGAGACAGCACGGUGAGGCUGUGGUCUCUCACGCCGCUCAUCUCUCCACUGCUGCUGAACAUCCUCACCAACCAGCCUUGGGAAAAGAUAAUAGGAAACACAGACACAGCUAUGGUUCCUGGCUCACCGCCACUGCUCUGUGGUAAAGUGUCUCGAGACAUCAAGCAGGAGUUGGAUAAACUGAGCUGUGACAUCAGGGCCAAGAAGCUCCGCUGGUUCUCUGAGUGCUUUUCGCCUCCAGGAGGCAGCAGUAACCUGUGGGACUUGGUAUCAGUCAUUAACGGCCAGGAUGACUCGCUGCUACCAGCCAGCUACAGCAAGGGAGUGAUGCACAUGAAGCACCUGCUCAAGUUUAAAACGUCUGAGGCCCAGGAGCUCACCAUUGUCAAGAUGUCUAAAUUUGGAGGCGGUAUUGGAGCUCCCAGUAAAGAGGAGAGGCUGAAAGAAGCAGCAGACAUCCAUCUGAGACUGGGACAGAUUCAGCGAUACUGUGAAUUAAUGGUGGAGCUGGGACAGUGGGAGAAAGCAUUAUCUGUGGCACCAGGAGUCUCCAUGAAGUACUGGAAGAAACUCAUGCAGAGGAGAGCUGACCAGCUGAUGGCCGAGGAUAAUGAAGAUGCCAUCCCAUACUGCGUCGCCACAGGAGACAUAAAGAAACUUGUGACUUUCUUCACUGGCAGAGGACAACUGCUAGAAGCCUUAAUAAUAGCACAGGGAGCGUGUGAGGGGAACAUUCGUGCACCUCAAACCUCUCCAGUUAACCACAAGACUAAUGAUGUGGAUAACAGACAACAAUACCAGAGUCUCCUCCAUAAGGUUUGUGAGGAACUUGCUGAGUGGUACUUCCAGGACGGAUGUUCUGUCCUGGCAGCAUGCUGCCACCUAGCUGUGGACAACAUCAAGUUAGCCAUGUCGAGCCAAAUCCGAGGUAAUGAGCUGGAGUUGGCUGCAUGUGUGGGUAUCGUCCUCGGAGAGGCAGCCAGUGAGAGCACUGCAUACUGUCUUGAACUCUUGGCCAGGAAGUACAUGACAACACCCACAUGGGAACUCUCAGCUGACCUUCUGCGAAUGAUCCCUGACAACCACAUUUUACUGGCUAAGCUGUGUGCAUUUUACCCAGGAAGUGCCGAUGAGAUCAACCAGUUUCAUGGAAGGUGCGGUCUCCCUUCAUUAGAGGAAUGUAAGGCCUUGGCAGAAGCAGCCAUGUCUGAAGGAGAUUUGUUUUUAGCAGUUAAGUUCCACCUGCUGAGCUCUGAACCUGAGAACGCCCUGUCUAUCGGGCUAGAGCACGUCAAAGAACAGCUGACUGGAUCUGAUUGGACGGUGGAUAGUGUUCAGCCAAUCCUGGACCUGAUGAGUUACAUCAGAACGGACUGCAUCAUCACGACCAAGCAGACUGAAGGCCGCAGUGAGCUGUUGAUCCUGUGCGGUUAUAUUGGAGGUCUGCUGGCCAUCAGAAGACAGUACUCCAGCAUUGUACCUGCACUCUACGAAUACACCAGUCAGUUGUUGAAGCGGCGGGAGGUGUGUGUUCCUCUGAAGAUUGAGCAGCUGUCUGUGGAGCUGGAUGCCUGGCGGGCGUGCACACAAAGUAACAGCAAUCCUCCAUCAGAGAGUCAAAGGGAAGAGUUCAGCAUCCUCGAGAGGAGAAUCCAGCCAACAGAUUCAGCUGCUUUAGUCUUGUGCGGUGCUGAUUAUGUGACAGGCUCCAACCUGCCGAGCCACUCAGAUGUUCAACUGUCCUGUUUCACUGGACACAGAAUACAGGGUCCAGUGUUUUUGCUGGAGGACGGUAAAUCAGCGAUCUCUCUUAAUGAUGCUUUAAUGUGGGCAAAGGUCAACCCUUUCUCCCCUCUGGGAACAGGACUGCGCAUCAACCCCUUCUAACACACACACACACGCACACACACACGCACACACACACACACACACACACACACACACACACACACACACACACACAAAGAGGACAUAC